AUGUGCAGUCCAGAGGACAUAAUAAGGGAGGCUUCAAUAACUACCACAGAGCCAAGGAGAUUUCCUUCUCUGGAAACAGUAUCGGGGCUGGAAAUCCCCAGGACAGCAUCCAUAAGAUCACUAGACGACCUAAACACAAUGUAUAGAGAAAUGGAGUUUCCUACAAUUGAAGAAAGGAUGCUUGAAGAUCACAUGGCCUUGAUAGAUGUUUUAAACAACCUGAGCAUCGAGUAUGAUAGAUAUGGAUUGGAGAUUUCCUCAGAGCUAGAGGAGCUGAGAAAAAAACAAGAGAAGAUAUCUCUCUGCAAUGAGUAUGAAAAGGAAUGCGACAUCCUGGAAGUGGAACUAGCCAACAUGAAGCAGAAAUACGAGGAAAUGAAGAGAUAUAGCCAAUACGAUAUAGAAGACCUGAAGAGCAGGCUUGAAGAUCUUCGGAAGAUGUUUAAUGACAUGGAAUAUGAGAAGCUGCAUGCAAGCCUCCUUUCCAAGGUUUGGAGGUUUUUAGAGGAAGGAAGCCUUCCGGAUGAGGAUGUCAUCAGUUCCCUUUCAUAUAUUAAGGAAAGCAGAGAAUACUCUUGCACCAUCGAGAAGAUGCUUGUGAUUGAGGAGAUUGAGAAUUUGUCAGAUUCUCACAACAAGAUUAUUUGUAAGCAUCUGGUGCUUGAAGAAUCCAUUGAGUUAGAUCGUCUAGGAAAGAUGGUGGGGAUGGACAGAGCAACACUCUUGAGAAUAGUUUAUGGGCUUCUGAGUAAGGGGAUAAUUGUAUUCGACAGGUCAGGGGACCGGAUAUGUCUUCAGAGGUGA